CACAAACCUCUGUUAAGUGUUGUGUUACUGUAGUUUUGCUAUAGUUUCUUAUAGCCUAGCAUUUUCUUUUCAGUAAUUUUGUUCUUACCGGCCUCUGUACUUUGCUAAAUUUGACACAGGUAGACAUUUUGGGAAAUACACUUUUUUCAUGAGUUAGAUAAGAAGGUCAAUACCAAUCUCAUAGUUGGUGGUAGGCAUAUUUUUUACAUUAUGGACUGAGUGAGGCUAGCUUUUUCCUUGUUUCCAAUCUUGGUGCUAAGAUAAGUUUAACAUCGCCUUGCUGUGGCUUUAUAUUUGAUGGACAGAUGUGAGAGUGGUAUCAACCCCCUCAUCUAACUCUCGGCAAGAAAGUACACGACUGUUUCUCAAAAUGGCAUGUUAUUCUUUUAAUGUAACUGAUCUAGUUUUUAGAUCACUCUUGUGAUUGUGUGUUAUGUGUUCAUGGUUUAGCUGUAACAUUGCUUGGCCUGCUGCAUUAGUUGAGCCCAAUAGCAGUGCUUUGCUUUACUUUUGUCCUUUGUCAGUUCUGGCUAAGGGCAUUGCAGUGGGGUUUAAGGCUGGGUAAGAGGCCCUGUGUCCCCCCUCCCUACUUCUAGGCAUGUUGGGUACCCAAACCAGCGAACAACUGUGAAGAGAUGCUGCCGUUUCAACGCCGCUGGGCCUUUAAUCCUAUCUCUGGCCUCUGUGAGGAAUUCCUCUACUGCACUGGAAACAGCAGCAACAACUUCCUAUCCUUUAAUGCCUGUAGAGACCAGUGCAUGUUGGGUGCGUGCUGCCUCCGCAAAGCAAGGCAGGGUCUUCCCACUGGCCACCAGAAUUAUACUCAACACAGAUACAACAUCUCCUCUGUGAACAAGACUUUCUGUAAAUACGACCAGGAUAAUUUGGAGGAUGAAGUGUGGUAUAGCAAUAUAGACUUCAACCGUACUGAGCUGGAAGAUCUUAAAGGAAAUAUUCAAAGUGUAGACUGCCGCGAGGACCCAGAUUUUACUUAUACCUGUGAUUAUCUCAAUCUAAUACAUUGCCAAGCUUUGGUGAAGGACAAAGCUGGAGAGGCACAAAUAAUGAGCUUCUCUCCCGGAGUGAGGUGUUCUGACGUGAGGUGUGGUGGAGGUUGUGGCUGCUUCUUUCAUCAAAAGCUGUGGAGAUAUGGAGAAUGGUUCAGGCAAGGCUGUGAAAAGUGCACAUGCACACGUAGUGGCAGAGUUAACUGUGUGUGCAGACACCUGACCCAGCGUAAAGAGAUCAGAGACCUCACACUGAGAGAGAGGAGGUUGUACCAACGGGCUAUCAGGAAAGUCUAUGCCAGACCAGCUGUGUGGAAGGGCUUUGCGCUACUGAGAGCUGAGUUCUCCCCUCUGGCUGGUAAUCAUGCCUUCUUCCUCCCUUGGCACCGCUACUUUCUGCGAUCAGUAGAGCGUGAGCUGCAGUUAGUGUCAUCAUGCAAACUGGCACUUCCAUAUUUUGAGUGGACAGUGGACUCUGGGUCGAUGAAGUUCUCAGCUGCUUGGCAGGCUGGAUUGUUUGGAGGAGAUGGUGAGCCUGGCUCCGGCUGCAUCCCACAUCACCCUUUCCAGGGCCUGACUUCCCGUUUCCACUGGUCCCCUUGUCUCAGACGGAGUUUCAACUCUUCGGUGUGGCUGCCAGAUGCAGUGACUCUGCAGAGGACUCUAAACCAGGCCGACUUCCACGUGUUCUCCCAGUCCCUGCAGACCUUUUCUGGCCUCUUUAGGCUUUGGGUAGGGGGUCACAUGGCUUCACCUCUAGCUGCUUACGACCCUUUAUACCUGUCACAUAUGGCAUUCAUGGACAAGCUGUGGGCACAGUGGCAAGAUAAACAUCAGCAUGGAUCAAAAAGACAAACUUCUAGAGACGAUCAUGCUCAGAGCGACAUUCUUUACCCUGCUACACAGAGAUAUGUGAAGAUGAAGCCUUUUGAAGUUACCCCCAAUGAUGUACUUUCUUCCCAGCAGCAGAUGUGUAUUGUAUAUGUGCCCAUAACCAUUGGUGCUCCUUGUAAUAUGACAUUACAAAAACACCCAAAAGGAAGUCCAAAAUAUCAGAAACACAACUUAUACCGAAAUAGCUUUGUUAUUGGGGGCUUUGACAGCAGUGGUUUUGACCAACAUGGAUAUGAUCAUAAUGGCUAUGACCGGAGCGGUUGGGACAGGUGGGACUACAGCAAAGAUGGCUUUAACCGGGACUUCAUUGAUAUGGAUGGAUAUGAUGUAUCUGGCUUCAAUCGCUAUGGAUUCAACCGUUCUAAUUUCACCUGGUUUGGCAUGCGGAGGGAUGGGGUGUUUGUGAAUGAGAAGAAGAAAGAGCAUGAAGAGACAGAUGAAAAGGAGAGUGAUAAGAAGUCACACAAAGACAAGAUAAUGUCUGAGCUUUUCAGUGACAAAGGCUACAGUAUCUAUGGGUUUGAUCCAUUUGGUUUGGAUCGCAGCGGGUAUGAUGCAUUCGGCUUUCGAACGGAUGGUUACGACAAGGACAGUUGCAACUGGUUCUUCAAUGGGCCGCACUACCUGCGGUUCUACUUUCACACGCAGCAACAGUUGAUGUCAUCCAGUGACCGAGCUUUAAAACGCAUCACCCGUACCUGCCCUCCAAUCACCUCCCUGCCCCAGCACUGGGUCAAGCAGGACUGGAUGACUUUUAAUUCGGACAAAAGCAGUGCUCUGAAUGAUCAGCAGGAAUGGAUGGGACAAAUUAAGCCAGAAAGUGAUGAUACUGUUACAAAUGCUACUCAGAAUAGGAGCAACAUAUGGCUUCCAAUCACACCAGAUCACAGGUUUUGUUUCAAGCUCCACUGGUUUAGCGGCUGUCCCCUUGGCUCUGCACCUAUCAGCUGUCCUGACCUCUGCCAUCAGGCCCGUUGCCAAGUGUACCCCAAGGCUGUCUGCCAUAUGCACAACUGUGGUUCCUGCUUCACAGAGUGGCGGGAUUCAGCUACUGGAAACCUUGUAAUAUGCCAUGGCUGGUAAACCCUGGACCCUUUCCUUUACUGGACAGAAGAAUAGAGGAAUAAAGUACUUGUCAGUGAGAAGAGAUUGGACCAUCAUUUGCUACCUACAUCAUCUCUGUUAGCUCAGAGAAGCAGAAGGCAAUUCAUGAUAAGGAUGACCGUUGAAAGGAUUGAUAAUGGAAUGAAAUAGGACAAAUACGUCAUUACCAUAGCAAAAUAGGCUGUGAAAUAUUGUUACCUCCAAACCAAAGAUUUCUGCAGAGCUAGAUACCACCAGAAGUUGACCAGAACAAGCACUCAUGUUAGCUGUAUGGAGCAUUUUAGCAUCUUUCAGCUCAUUGUUUUGGCUCAACUUUCCUGUUGGUUCACUUUCACCACUCUCAUCAACCUUGUUUCCAGCUGCAGCAGGCAACUGUUUUUGGCAAAGAAAAAAACUCUUAAAAAACGUUUUGCAAGCUCCCAGACAGUAGACAGACAAAGUUCAACUAACUGGUGAUCAUAGUGUAGGAAUUAGCUGCAGAAGAGCUGGAUAUUUCCCUCAGACAUUGGUAGAAAGCUAAAAAAGAGUGAAUAUUGGACUAACAUUCUUCAGGCGAUACAGAACUUGUUGCUGCUGGAUCUGUAAAUAGGCAACUGUUUGCUAAAACGUUCACCAUAUCAAUUUCAUAAGGGGAUAGUUUGUCACUGUUGUGUUAACAGAUUAAGUAUCAUCCUGGUAGUUUUACAUGUUUUUUGCCAAUGUAUUUUUAUAUUACUACCAUUUGUCAAAGCUAAGUUUUAGAGUACUUGGUUGUUGUGCAGUAAUACAUUUGUGAUCAACUUCCUGGUUGGUGCAUUUGAGGUGACUGUGCACAACCGCCCGUCAUAAUGGAGUGAAACAAACAUGUGGGACUUUACUUGAUGUUGGACUGGCUUUAUUUUGUUUUUUAAAUGGCUUCAUUAAGGAUUCUCUGUCUCUCUCUCCAGUAGUCCACUCUCACAGAGUAAUACAUACAUUGUUUUGUUCUGUCCUCUCU